AAGAUUAAUUAAUAGUUUAAAUUAAUUUAUUUAAAAUGAUUGGCUCAAAAGAAGAAGUGAAUUAUUUUGUGAAUGGUGGUGUGCAAAUGCAAACAGUGCCUAACGUAAUGCUGGAUGAGACAAAUUUAAUUACCGGAGGAGUGCAAAUACAGGAAGGGGAUACCGUGCCAAAUGUACAAAUUGAUUUAGGAAAACCCAUUACUAAUGGAGAGCAGCAGUUUGAUAUACCGGAUGAGUCUGUUAGACGUGCUUUUGUACGCAAAAUAUUUUUCAUACUCUCGCUGCAAUUUGUAAUUCUUCUACCAUUUAUUGAAUUAUUUUCGAUCAUCUUUGAGGAACCGUUUUCAAUACACACGCUCCAUUCUAUAGGUAUCUUGGUAUUCAUUUUCGAAAUCGUGAUGUAUUUGCUGCGGGACAUGCGUCGACAUCCACCAAUGAAUUUGUUAACCCUUGCGGUAUUAACAAUUUUUUUGGCUUUAUAUUAUGGCAUAUGCGCAUGUGUCUUUGAUUCAACACUGGUUUUUCUGUAUUUACUUGCAUCAAUCGUUCAACUCGGUUGCUUAAUUCUAUUUUCCAAGCUGGAACGUUUUCGAUUUUCUAAUAUUAAUGCAAUACUAGUAAUUGUUAUUGUUUUAAUUGUUUCUAUUAUAGUUAUAGAAUUGGUUGAACCAUUAGCAUAUGAACAAGCAGUCUUUGCGGCAGCAAUUCACUCCAUAUAUGUGGUAUGUGAUACUCAAUUAAUGUUAAGUGGUUUCCAUGGUUAUCAGCUCAAAUCAGAGGAACACAUUUUUGCAGCAGCCAAUGUUUUUAUCGAUGCACCCUAUUGUACAUGGCGUGUCUUCAAAUACUUCAUUGUUAAUCCUAUAGUCAAAUUGUUUUACGAUACAAAGGCUUGUUGUCGUGCCAGAGUUUGUUAAGUACUUUACCAACUGUUAUAUUUAUAUAAUAUUUUAUUAUAUUUAUUAAAUUGUUAUACGAUAUUGUUCAU